AUGCGACGAGGUCAAACGAGAAUUGGUGGAUGGCGUAAUGAAAACUCGAGACAAUUUAGCUCAAGAAACGGCGGCAAUUCACAUUUCAGAUCGUCCAGAAACUAUGAUAUACCGGAUGCACCGAGAUUCCCGCCACCGAGUUCAAGGUCUCGACGACCACAACCUUAUAACUCGCGAGUUGAUAAUCAAGAUCAAUCACAGGAUCAUGGUGAUCGAUACAGAUACAGGAACAAUCAUCAUAACUACCUGAGACAACCUCACCAUAGUGGGAGGCAAAUAUUACCAUUAGUACAUCAAAGACAAGAAGAACAACAUAGAAGUAUGUUCAAAGAACCUUCUAAUUUCUAUAAAGAUGUACAUGGAAACCAUUUUCAUGUGAACAGUAUGGGAGACGUUGAUCACCGUCAAUUGCCACAAAUGCAUAAUUUUAGACAACCUCUAAUUAGCCCUUGGGCUGCUGAAAAUGAUUUUUCACAAAGUGAAAAUAUUUUUAAUAAAUCACAAAGAUCAGAAUAUAGUGAAACUAAUAAAUAUUCAGAUUAUACUGGACACAGGCCACCAGCUUCCGACCACUAUGGAUGUAAUCCUACAUUAUCGGCUUCAGCCAUUGACAACUCCAAUUCAUUCAGUAGAUCUGUAGAUGACACUGUAGAUAUUGUAAGGAAAAAAAUUCUCAAUCGCAAUGAGCCGCAGCAUAAUUCAGAAAAUAAUAAUACAAAUCAAAACAAUUCUGCCAUCCAAAAUGAAUCCCUUAAAAUAUCAGAAAAAUAUGAAAGCAGUCAACAUGAACCGCCUGCGAAAAAAAGGUUUAACAGACAAAGAAUUAUAAAUGCAAAUAAAAAUUGUGCCAAAAUAAAGAAUAAAAUUGUUCACCAAUUAUUUAAAAUGGAUAAAGAAAAAAUUCAUAAAUUAAUGGAUAAUCCAAACUCAUCAAAUAAAUUUGAAUUUGCUAUAAGCAGUCUUAUAACAGAGUCUCAGAAUAGUUUUAAUAGACACAUGAGAUCGGUCGCUGAAAAAUCUCUCUCCAGUACCAGUACAGAGUUUAUGCAGAAUGACAAUAAUACCAUAUAUGAAGACACCUUUAUGAAACAAAUGCAAUGUAUUCUAGAUCCACAGGACACAGUUUUUCUUGAAGAUAUUAAGCCCAUUGUUAUGGCAGAAUUAAGUAAAGUAUUGCAGCUCGAUGAACUUGAACAAAUGCAAAUGGGUGGAGAUGAGAAUUUAAAUGAGAUGUCAGAUGAUCAACAGAUUUAUAAUAAUAUUAUCACUGACUCUAAUGCAUGGCCAAAUGAGAAUUUUCAUUCAACAUAUUACGACCAACCAAAGAAUGUCGCACAAGCAGAUUUCACAAGAUCAAAGAGUGUGGAGCCGAACACCAACAAUUAUGAUAGAUUUACAAAUGACCAAUUGGAUUAUGAGGACUCUAAGCCUCUAUUUGAAAGAAGAUCAAGAAGGAAAAGUUACAGUUUUUACCAAGAUAGUGAUGUAUCAAAAAAUAAUGCUCUCUUUGGAAAAUCCCCUGUCAAAGAACAUAAAGAAGUAAAAGUAGAAGAACCACAAAAGUUAUUUGACUGUUAUCCUCAACAGGGUGUAGAGGAAGAAGAUCCUUUUGCUGAAUUAGACAAUCAGUAUCAUGUUGCCGUUGAUCAUGAUUUUAUUGAAGAUGACAAUAUUACAAUUCCAAAACCAUCACAGGACAGUGAUGAAUCAAACUUUUUAAAUAUACAGAAAGAGCUUAAAGUAGAACUUGCUACACCAGAGAAGGAUCUUCCUGCGCUCUCAGAACUACCGACGUUGACCGAAACUGAUUUAUACAAUCUAGAGGAGAAACUCGCACAAGACAAUGACGUAAAUGCGUCAGACAUCGAUAACAGUAGUAAAAUAGACAAAACCAAAGAGUUAAAUGAAAAAAUUGAUUUUGAGAAUUCGGUGAAAAUAUCUACACCAUCAAAUUCACGGAAAAGGUCUAUAGACCAACGACCAUCACAUCGUAAAGAAAAAAGAAGAAAAGAAUCAUGUUCUGAAUCAGCCAAUCAUUGUAAUAAAGACGAUGGAAUAGUCAAUGAUCCAUUAAACAUGUCUGAUAAAUGUGAAACGAUAAAAUCUGUCCUCCCUAAGGAUGACAGCAAGGACAAAGAUUGUACAGAUAAUAAUGAAUCAUUAAAUGAUAAAAGCACUUCGGACAAACAUCCUAAAAAGAAGGAUACGCCAAAGAAAACUCCGGUUAAGGACAAUAAAACUAAAUUAAAAGAUUCAACCUCAUCAAAUCAAGCUACCAGCCCACAAGAGAGCAGUUCAAGUUGUCAAAUUAGUUCCAAAACAGAUGCUAAAAAUUCUUUAAAAACGAUAGAUAUGUUCACUGAACAACCUCGUAAAGUAACUAUACAUCAAGCACAUAGGAACACAGCUGUUAGUUCAGUUCCCAGCCACAAAAUUUCUGUUGACACCAUAAUUAAACCUAAAGACAGUUUUUGCAGGCAAUUAAUGAGAAAACAUGUUGCAAUACAAGUUCACAGGAAGUUACCAUCAAAAGAAACACAGACAGUUAUAAAGAAAUAUAAUUCAAGGUGCUCCCAAACAAUAAAGAAAAAAUACGUCGUAAAGGAAACACAAACUGAUGACGUUGUUUCUGAGGCAUUAGUUACAAGAUCAACUGAGCCGUUUGAAAGAAUGAAGGAAAUAGAUUUGGAAAUACAGGUGUUAUUACAAGAAAAGUUUAAGCUGUACAACUCAAUGGAAUCUAAAGAUUCAAGUCACAACUCAAUGCAAACAUUGGGUAUGACAGUUUUGAAUGUUGCGCCAUUUGAUGGAGAUGACGAAAAUGGAACGUCAGAACAUAUCUUACUGACUGAAGAUGUUAUCGUGGAUAACUUUGCUAAUAUACCCUCAGAGGAGUUGGAUCAAAUAGCAUUCGAAACAGUUGCUAUUGAAGAGGCAGAAACGCCGAAAGUUGAUAAAAGAAUACGACGCCGUAAAGUUUCUUAUCAGAGUGCAUCGUCAGAAAGUUCUACGACGAUUAACACAAGAAGAAAAAGAGGAAAAUCCCCAAAUAUAUCUUUGCUCGAACAAAUUAUCACGGAUGACAGACCACUUGAGGACAUAAUAUCCUUAGACGAUUUAGAAGUGACACCACAAAGUAAAAAAAGAUUAAAGAAAGGCAAGAAUAUGGGGAAAAAGAGAGCUAUCAAAAGUAAAAAAGUUGAUAUGAACAAUAUAGAAAUCAAGGAGUGUUCUGUUCUUCUAAUAAGAGAAGACUUCAGUCAGUAUCUAGAUCAACAAAACCUUAUACAAGAUUAUGAUUAUGAGGAAACAGUACAAAAUGUUGAUUUAGAUUCCCCACAAAAGAUUGUAACAGCACCCACUAUACACAUCGAGCAGAACAUCAAUGAUAUACAGAUUGAUAUGUUGGAUGUGUCAGAAGAUAUUGUGGUAGGAGAUAACUGUGAGGACAAAGAGGCGGUUGUAAAUAUAACAGUGCCAAUAAGUGAAGAAAUCAUAUUAGAUAAUAGUCAGUCAUCGAUGGAGGACGCCAAGCCAAGCUUGAGUCAAGGUGAUGAAUGUAAAAUGUAUGAUUACUCAUCAGAUGAAAACCUCAGGCGGGAUUCUAUUGUUGUCUCAGGAAAUGCUGAUGCUGUUCUUGCGUUAGAAUGUGUUGAAACAAACUUCUUAGCGGCUUGUCUCGAUGGCAAUGUUUAUUAUUUCAAUAAUGAUGGAAAUCUUAUAACAACCUUAAGAGGAUCAAACCUUGCGGUAACCUGCAUCACUAUUGUUAAAGAGAAAUACGGAACCACAGUUUACACGGGGUCAUUGGACUCGAGAAUACGAUAUUAUGACUUAGAGACAGGGUUAGAAAAGGGACCAGAAUGUAAUGUUCUUAGUCCAAUACAAACAAUGGAUCAUGCAUGGGAUACAGUGUUUGUAGGAACGAGGACGGGAUUUGUACUGCAAUUCGAAUGCAAGAAUAACAUGCUAAUACCAGUGAGUUCAGUGAAGUUUUCUGAGCAAUCAAUACUAGCUCUACGAGCAAUGAAAGAAGGUCCAAGAAAAGUACUUCUAGUCGCUGCCAGAUCGGAAGACGUCACAAUAAAAGAUGCACAGACUGGGCUGUUGCUGAGAACUUUGGUUGGACCCAAAAUGACUGUCUACACUCUAUUAUAUGAAGAUGGAAAGGUUUACUGUGGGACCAGCAGUAAUCAGAUACAUGUGUUUGAUUACACGAGCGGCGGACACGCCGGCACUCACGAGGGAGGCAAGGGUGCGGUCUGUCUGCGAACAUCGGGCGGGCUUCUGUUCGCUGGGUGCUAUGACGGCUGUGUGUACGUUUACCGCGAGAGUGAGGCUCGACCCUUCGCACAGAUACGCGGCCCAAGUCUCAUGCUGCUUUCCCUGGCCAUAGUUGGAACCAAGGUCUUUAUUGAGCCCUGA